AGCCAGCGGUGGCGGCGACCAAAAAUUUUACGACAUCUUUUUGUUUCAAUGUGUGUUGGUAUUUUUCUCCUUUGAUGAGUAGCUCAACAAGGUAGUGUUAGCCCCUCCUUUUCUAAAAGAGGGUCUCAAUUUUUACUGUUUAGAUUUGUCGCCUGUAGUAUAAUCCGAUUGGCUUCUUCUUGUGAGUUCAACCGAUGUGAGUGCCUAAAUAUUCAAGCAACGAGGAAGAUAUCAGUUACGACGAUCUUUAGUGAAGAAUAUGGCAUCCAUAGCUCGUUAUAACCGCGAGCGCGAGCGGUCCACUCGUCGCUCUCCGCGUCGCUCUCCGCGUCGCUCAACGCGCCGUUCACCUCGCCGCUCACAGCGCCGCUCGCCUCGUCGCGCCACUGGUCAGCCGAGCAACGUUGUGAAGGUGCACGAUUUGUAUUCUUUGGGGCAAUCUUUAGCUGCUACCUCGAAUGGAGCGUCCUCUGGCGAGGAUGGCGAUGCCGCUGCCCUUCUCACAUCACUCGUCGAGCAAGCAGCAAAUGAAUUCUGCAUCGAAAAUGCACUCUCUGUGCCUGAUGAAGUGCGCGCUGAGGGUCUAGAGGCUAAGCGUGGUUGCUGCGCAUUACUGGAAUUUGCCUCAGCAGACCUUGCAGCGCGAUUUUUAGAGGCUUCUAAACACGAGUUGAAGAUCACAUCCAAGUCUUCAAGUGGAAGCAACUUUUCGCAGAGAUCUCGAUUCUAUGAGAUGUCCUGCUACCAUGGUACUACUGCUAGUGGACAUGCCGGAAAUGGUACUACUGCUAGUGGAGGUGGAAACAAUAGAACUACUAGAAGCUACCAGAACAAUCACGACGGUCACGACGGUCGAAGGGGAGGAGUGGACGACAGCGCAUGGGGAGGACGCGGGCAUUAUCGAGACCAAAAGCAAGGAAGAAGCCCACCAACAAGCACACUCAUCGUCAAGGGAAUUACCAGUACCUAAGUACCCAAAAAAGAUCAGUGCUAAAGAGCUUCAGCUCAAACUACUUCAGUUGAUCCCGAUCAGUGCUAAAGAGAAUAACCUAGAAGAAGUAGCCUCUUUUAUCAGUUUUCACUUCGUGUAAUCUCACUUCUUGAACAAUCUGCUUUCAGUUAAUACUUCUGUAGGUGAAUCGAUGUUUUUCUACCCUUCCACCGAAACAGACCGAACCGUCGACGCCGAUGUUUUGGACCUGUUUGCACCCUGUGCCAGUGUCGUGAAGUGUGUGCGCCUUUAUUCUCAAAAGGGGUUUGCUUUCGUUGAGUUCCAGGACAUGCAGGAUGCGAAAAUUGCCAUUGAUUUUUUGGAUCGGACGCCGACGCCUACCGUGAAAGGCAGAUCAGUAAAGCCUACCGACCUUUGUUUCUCACCAUGUAAGGAGGUAUUUUCAUCAUCUGGUUACGUAUGAGCCGACUACGUAUGAAUAGAAAGAACUACAAUGAAUAGAAAGUAGCUGAUUACUUUUCCCUCGUCUUAGUCCCUGCAACCAAAGCGUUCGGUGGGCGACCCGGAAGGUAAUGAAACAUAUAUGAUGAUCGCGAGUUAUUGGAGCCACACCAGGAGGCACAGAUUGGUUUCUUUGGAAAACUCUAAACAAAAACUCUAAACGCGUGAAAGGUGCAAUACGAUUUCGCGAGUGCGGCAGUGCACGCCCGCACAGGGGCUGAGCGAGCUAUGCAGGAGGCUGGCAACGUGAUGGCUUCGCUAGCAGCGUCUUACACACAAGAAGCAGAUUCAGUUGCAGAGACACUGAAAUCAUUAUGUUGAAUAGUAAGUAGACUAGAGUUGAGGACUAGAUGGGCAUUAGAUCUGAUUUUUAGAAGUAGUUCUGCUCAGACAAGAAGACCACUAGACACAGUAAUAUAUUUCAAGAUUGUUCAAGUUGAUAAAAGCCUAAAUCUCUUCUUUUACUACCAAUUGUAAUUGUGAAAUCCCUACUUCCUCUGCUACCCAUUUUGAUUGUAGUUGUCACCAUCUACUCUCCACAGCUUGUAGUUUUUACCACGAUUGGUCUACUUCUAAGUUUGUUCUCGACUCCUGGUAGUGUAAACCCGAAUGCAAAUAUGUGGGCGAAUUACUUGGGCGGCACAUUGGCGCAGAGUCUCAAGGUCGCAAAUAGUGUCGCAGACUUCGCCAGACAGCAGGAUGAAACGAGUGCCCUAAUCAACGCAGCCGCAAGCCGUGCUAGCACCGCGAUCAAAACUCGAGUAGCCGAAAACUCAGGGAAGCAAUUGGCAGUUAAGGCUCACUUGAUAACUCCUUUCUUCAUAGAGUACAAAUACUUGCCUUGAAGGGUGUCCUGUAGAUUACAAUAACAGUGAAAGAUGACCGCGUUCUCCUCCUCUAAGGCAGGUAAUGUGCAACCGAGUACGGAGAUGCAGGAGAAGCUAGCGUCAAUGUGGGUUUCUGGUGGCACGAAUCAACAAGGGAAAAAAGCGGCAGGCGAUGGUUCAAAAACAGGAACCUCUUCCAGUGGAGCAGGGGCUGAAGUACUAGGUGGACUGGCUCCAAAACCUGCUACCGAAAUCGCGAGGACGCCCAGUGGGUACGUGCGAGACGCAAGUACGGGUUAUUUGUGGAACUCGAGAGAAGGGCUGUACUACGACAGCAAUACCGCGUAUUUUUUCUCACGAGACGGGGUAUAUUACAAAUACGACGGCGAGCGGCAGUUAUUAGUGGAGUACGAUCGCCAGGGCAAAUUAGUAUUGGGACCAAAUGCGAAAACACGGCCUCUGCAGAAGUUCGCUGUACCUGCUGUCCCAGCGAUUCAUCAGUCAGUAGCCGCUGCAGCCGCAGCAGCGUCGAGCACCAUCCUCCAGCAACAAAAUUCCUCCACGUCACAACAUGACAAUAACUAUGCGAACAAUAGUACUAACUACUCGUCUCACCGCAGUGGUACAUCUGGCAGAUUAGCUUCCAGAAUGCCGAAUUCGAGACGUCGUGGUCGGGACAACAACUCGAGAGGGCGAUCGAGAUUCCGUGGGCGGGAUGACCGUAGGUCAAGCGGGCGUCGGUCUAGACGUCGCUCCGAUCGUGGUCGUCGAGACUCACGAGACCGCGACAAGAGCAGAAACAACACAAAUUCAUCUAGUACUACGGCAGCUUCCGCCGUUUCCUCAGCCAUCAACUCAUCUUCUAGCACCAAGGGACCAGCAGCAGUGGACGAUCCUGUCACAAAUUCAAAUUCCUCUUCUAGUACUAAAACUUUGUUGAUACAACCAUCUACUACAUCUACAGCUACAUCGACUUCGACAUCCUCUACUUCCACUUCCAGUGUAUUUGAUCAAGCCCAAUACGAAAAGAACGUGAAGGUUUUGUCAGCGGUGACAGAGAAUCUCGCAUUGCAAGCGACACAGGUCUUGCGGCAAGCCUCCGCACAUGCGGCGAUGAGCGCAGCUAUUGGAAGAACGGCUUCAGGAGGAAUGCCAUCCCUGGCAGGAGUAUUUGAGCGGCCUACGAGUGGUAGUGACGGAGAACAAACAGGAACGGGAAGUCAAAGAGAACGUACAACUGCGGGAGGUAGUAGUAGAACUACAGGAGAGCAACCACGUAUUUUGUCUAGAACAGCUAUGCCAUCUCCAAUCACCACGGGGCAAACCUCCAUAUUCACUGAACUGGAAGCGAAAGCUUUUUUACCCACGACGGCUGACCUUGCGAGUCGGCCAGCGGCCCCGCUCCGAUCUCAACACGCAGCGACUGGCGGUGGACCAACGAUCAACAUCGCCAUUUCUCGAGAGCCGACGCGUGGCAGACAGGGAGAUAAGUGGCUGUGCUUGUUGUGCAAGCGACAAUUCGCUUCGGAAGCGCAACUGGAGAAACACGAGAAACUGUCUGACCUACACAAGAAAAAUCUGAUGGAGAGAAUGGGUGGUGGGGGUGGGUCUAAUCCAUAAUUACACCCAAUAUAAUGAUAUGUCUGACGCUUUGCAGUGUGUCUAAGAAGAAUGACGUUACGCAUGUUGUUGAUUAUACCCGUCCUUUUAAUAUUACCCCAAAACACCCAGAAAGAGACUAGACCAACGCGUGGUCGUCGCCGACAAGAAUUUGUGAAACCCGAAGCCCCUGCUCUGGACUUAAUACCCCAGCUUACCCCAAGUUACCACAAGACUGGGGAAUUAUAUCAUUACAAUGCCGUCCCAUUAGAGGAUUAGGAUGAAAGAGUUUCCCAUACCUUUCCCACUGCUCAAGACUCUUCAUUUCGCAGACUGAAACUGAAGAUGAAAACCAAGAUAGAUUUUUCUUCUUCUGGCUUGAGCAGCAGUGCAUCAAGCACAAUCAUCAAAC